GCACCCAAGCACUAUCACAUACACAGAACAGAAUGCCCUCCUACUACGACCCCAACUACGACCCCCGAUACGCUUCUGAAGUCGGCUGCUACUCCUCACGCGACCAGCAUAGUUCCAGGUGCAUCAUGCACGGGCCACAAGCACUACUCGGAUUCCCCGCGCUGCUGUACUUGUUUGCUGGAAGGAUGGGUGUUGAUGUUGUGUAAUGAGAUUUUUGACUUUAUCGGUAAUCACACAGGGGUAUCGUAGGACAAUAGCGUAUUUGUUUCGCUGGUGCAAAUACAUACUGAAGAAAUCGGCUUGCAGAGUCUUGGGCGUCAACCAGCUCUGAAUACAAAUGUCAAACCGUGGCUCGAG